AUGUAUAACCGCGACUCCAAGCUCAUGCGCAAGCUGCUCGGCAAGGGCGCCGCCGACCCGGACCCCGUCCCGCCGCCGACCUACCGGCCCCCCAAGUCGCAGAACGCCGUCUAUCCCGCCGGCGUGCCCGUCGCCUGCUUUGAUGUCGCGCCCGACCGCCGCGCCGCCGUCCUCGCUGGCCCCCACGUCCUCAAGACGGUCGUUCUCGAGCCCAGCUUCUCCGUCUCCCAGGGCGUCGACGUCCGCGCCGCCAUCACCACCCGCCAGCCCGCCGGCGGUGUCGCGGCGGACCAGCUCAACAUCCGCGACGCCAAGUGGCACGGCAACUCGUCGACCAUCUUCACCGCCUGCGCCGGUGGCAAGAUCUUUGCCUACGAUGUCGCCCGCCUCGGCGCUGGCUCUGCGUCGGAGCCCAUCGAAUACAUCCAGAUGCAGGAAGACUCGCGCCAGGUCAACACGCUCGACGUAAACCCUCACCUCAAGAGCUGGGUCCUGUCGGGCAGCCAGGACGGCGCCGCCCGCGUCUUCGACGCUUCGACGCCCAUCCAGAACCGCUCCGGCGUCCUCACCUUUCGCCAGCGCUUCGCCCCGCUGCGCUGCAUCGAGUCCGUCCGUCAGGUCAAGUGGUCGCCACGCGUCGGCCACGAGAUGGCCUGCUGCACCGACGGCGGCAUCGUCCUCAAGUGGGACGUCCGCCAGCCCUCGCGGCCCUUGCUGCGCAUCAACGCCCACGAAAAGGGCUGCUCCGCCAUCGCCUGGCACCCGGACGGCAUCCACCUCAUGAGCGCCGGCGCCGACACCAAGAUGCACGUCUGGGACCUCGGGCCCUCGGCCGACAAGCGCCAGAAACCAAAGUUCACCAUCUCCACCCCGGCCCCCGUCGUCGCCGUCGCCUGGCGGCCCGGCCUCUGGUCCACCACUGCCCAGACGCGCCGCCUGGCCCAGGUCGCCGUGAGCUACGACGAGACUAGCAAUCGUCGCUACGGCACCUCGGCCGUGCACAUCUGGGACCUCGCCCGCCCGACCAUGCCCUACAAGGAGAUUGAGCGCUUCGAGAGCUCGCCCUCGGCGCUCGCCUGGCAGGACCGCGAUAUGCUCUGGACCGUGGGGCCUGACGGCAUGUUCAACCAGUGCGAUGUGGCGUUUGCGCCGCGCGUGCUGGAUCGCCAGUCGACGUCGGCCAUGGCCUUUUCCUCACGCGGCGACGUCGUCAUGUUCCUCGACGAGCGGCCUCAGUCGCAGCGCCCGCGUCCCUCAGUCGUCCACGAGCCCGAGAUUCACCGUCAGACGUACAGCUCGAGCCCCAACGCCCCGGUGCUUAGCGUCAGCCGCAGUGACUCUGAGGACGAGGUCAUGGGCACGUUCCUCGGGCCGCGUCGCAGGCACAGGCGCCGCCUGAGCGGCAGGCAGCUCAGUACGACCCCGCCGGGCGCCGAGGACAAGCUACUCAACCUCGAGCAGUCUGUCAGCGUGACGGGCGUGUUUAAGACGCAGCAGGCUAUGGCGUCUGGCCGCAUUCCGGCAGCGAAGCCGGUGCAUCUAUAUCAGUACCUGUCGGGAGCGUACCUGGAGACGCUCCAUAAAGAGCUGCCGCACGUCGAGGGCAAGCCACUGGUCGAGAGGGUCGGUAAGAUCAUGGAGCAAUUUGCGCGAGCCGCGGAGACCGCGACCAUGUACCGCCUGGCGCAGACGUGGAGGAUCCUCGCGUACGCCAUGACCCUGUUGCUGAACAGACGGGCGCAGUACCAUCUCGAGUGCCGCGUGGGACAGUUUCAGAAGCUGCCGAGCGAAGACCGGGUUCGGCUGAGGCUGCCCGACGCCCACGGUGGCGAAGAGACCCCACGAAGGCCGUCGACGCAGCGGGGAAGCAUCGACGGCCGAUUCCUCUCGCGAUCGCUGCUGGCCGAGGAAAUCGAGAGCACGUCCAACGUGCCGACGCCCGUGGCGCGGCCCGCCGACGACAUCGCCACGGGUCACCACGAGGCAUACGAGUACGGCCGCAAGCUGACGCCCAUUGUCGAGCCGGAGAGCCUCAACCUCGGGCCGGCCGCCCAUGGCUCGUUCAGGGAGAGCCCCCGCCGGCGCCUCGACUCGGGGCCAAUCUCCGAGACGAGCCACGACAGCGAGCACUCGCAGACGUCGUACACCGAGGGCUACGACUUUUACGACGCAGAGGUGCUCGCCAAGGCCAUCGACGUGCCGAUGCCGCGGUACAGGGGCCGCACGGUGCGGCACGACUCGGACGAGAGCUUUGGGCAGAUGUUUUCCAUCUCGGAAGGGAAGCGGUCUGCAAGGAGCGGCUCGAGCGGCGACGUCUUUGCCAAGCCGAUUGCGAGGCAGGAGUCGGCGUUGGAGCGGUCGAGCGCGUCGAGCGUCGACAACGACAGCCGGCGCCAGUCGCCGACAAAGUACAGAAAGGACUCGUCCGACGAGAUGUUUAUGAUUUCGCAGACGACCAAGUCAGACGAGUACCCGUCGCAGUCGUUCACCGACUCGGACCGCAAGCCGUCGGACGCGCCCGAGGUGGAGACGAACCGGUCGCACAGCCCGUCCAAGCCGGCCGUGUCGCCCAAGCACUACCCCCGCAAGCACGUUAUCGAGACGGACUACCUCCCGUGGGACGACGACCCCCUGUACCCGUUCCCGUUGACGGACAAGGACGCCCUCUCGUCGCCGCUGGAUCCCUACGCGCUCCUCACGCGGGCGCUCGAGUUCGAAACGCGCACGUCGGCACUCAAUGCAUCGGCCAUGGUGCUGCUGCUCAAGCCGCUCGUCCCCGAGUCCGUCAUCGACGGUCACCGCGCCAGCGCCAUCCUGCGGCAGCACCACUCCCGCCUCGCGCGCAUGAGCCUCUUCGUCGAGGCGGCCCUGCUGCGCAACCUCUGCGUCAAGGGCUGGCCGGCUGGGCUGCCCGACUGGGGCGACAACUACACGGCCAUCUUCGGUCCCGCCCAGCAGGGGGUCAAGGUCGGGUUGUUUUGCCCGUCCUGUCGCAAGCCGCACGAGGUGGACCCGGCACGGGGCAGCGAGGCCGUGUGGACAUGCGAGCGGUGCCGCGCCGCCAUGGGCCCGUGUGCGGUUUGCGGCCAUCGCGAGCCGGAGCGACCGGCGGACAUACCGGACGAGAUUGCCGACGCGCCUGGGCCGAAAGACACCUGGCUCGAGGGCUGGUGGUUCUGCCCCGGGUGCGCGCAUGGCGGUCACGCCUCCUGUCUCCAGACGUGGCACGCAGCGCUGGACCCGGCCCCGUCGAGCGACCCGUCGGGCAAGUACAGCGACGGAUGCUGUCCCUCGGACGGCUGCGGGCACGCCUGCCUCCCGGGCCGGUAUCGCGGCGAGACGACGACGCAGCGCGCCGAGGACGUCAGCCGGGCGGCCGUCGACGCGGCGCGCACCCCGGAGUCGGCGCACCACGAGCGCCGUGCCAGCGGUGCCUUCUACAACCGGUCCAACAACAACAGCCGCAGCAACAGCCGUCGCACGAGCCCCGCGCGGAGCAGCAACAAUCCCCCUGGCCUCGACCGCGCCGGCGGCGGGCCUGCCGCCAACGUCAAGAGCGACGGAAACGACGUCCCGCAAAGCAAGGCUGUUGGCAUGGCCCGCGAGGCCCUUAUGGGUGGCGGCAAGGGCGCGUCGGCGUCGCCCGCGGGCGGGAUCCUCAGCUCAAGCCCUGGAAGCGCACGACAGAUCGGCACGCCUGGGUCGGAGCGGGAGCGCAGGAAGAGCGUCAAGUUUGCACGCACGGACAGAACGUAG